AUGGUCUCCCCCGACACUUACGAGAACAAGGUGGUCUGGGCUGGGACACAACUCAAUGAGAACAGUGGUAUGGCCGAUGGUAACCAUGCAGGGCUUCUAGGCAAGACGAUCAAGUACAUUACCAACCACGUCGGGCCUACGCUGAACAAUACUAGUACAAUCGCCAAAGAUGGCAAUGGCCCAAGGGAGGCGGCUGGGCGACUGGGAAAUCUCAUCGAUAAAAUCACUGAAGAGUGCCCAGACGCUGUUGUUCUGGUGUCAAUCAUCAUCUACACAUGCGACAGCCACCACGCCCGGCGAGAGCGCACCAAGCAGUAUCAGAAGCUCAUUCUUGGUAUUGUCCGACAACGGCGGCAGAAGGGUAAGCAUGUCGUGGCUGUCGACUUUUCUCGCUGGGAGGAGGCCGGACAUAACCUCCUCCGAGAUUGCGUGCAUCCAACUGAUGACGCCUAUGACUUGAUGGAAGACUGGUGGUACAGCUUUAUCACUCAAGUCGACGAAGCCUAG